CCUCACAGCACACGUCUCUGACGGAGCUAGACACAGCUGCAUCUCACUGACCAGGAUGGAGAAUCAAUAACUCAGUAAAUACUGCAGGUCACUGACCAGGAUGGAGAAUCAAUAACUCAGUAAAUACUGCAGGUCACUGACCAGGAUGGAGAAUCAAUAACUCAGUAAAUACUGCAGGUCACUGACCAGGAUGGAGAAUCAACUCAUUAAAUACUGCAGGUCACUGACCAGGAUGGAGAAUCAACUCAUUAAAUACUGCAUCUCACUGACCAGGAUGGAGAAUCAACUCAGUAAAUACUGCAGGUCACUGACCAGGAUGGAGAAUCAAUACCUCAGUAAAUACUACAGGUCACUGACCAGGAUGGAGAAUCAAUAACUCAGUAAAUACUGCAGGUCACUGACCAGGAUGGAGAAUCAAUAACUCAGUAAAUACUGCAGGUCACUGACCAGGAUGGAGAAUCAAUAACUCAGUAAAUACUGCAGGUCACUGACCAGGAUGGAGAAUCAAUAACUCAGUAAAUACUGCAGGUCACUGACCAGGAUGGAGAAUCAAUAACUCAGUAAAUACUGCAGGUCACUGACCAGGAUGGAGAAUCAAUACCUCAGUAAAUACUGCAGGUCUGGGAAGUAUGUCAAGUAACAGAAUAAAAUAUGGAUGUAGCCAUGGCUAUGGGUGCCGGCUUGGCUGUCUGUGUUUCUCAAGAUCCAUAGUUAGAGGACCAUGGGAGGUGUGGUGGUGGACGAGGGACCUGGGGGGGUGAAGGCACCAGACGGGGGGUGGGGCUGGGCUGUGCUGUCCGGCUGUUUCGUCAUCACGGGGUUCUCCUACGCCUUCCCCAAGGCCGUCAGCGUGUUCUUCAAGGAACUGAUCAGAGAGUUCGACGUGGGGUACAGCGACACGGCAUGGAUCUCAUCUAUACUGCUGGCUAUGCUCUACGGCACAGGUCCUCUGUGCAGUGUGUUGGUGAAUCGUUACGGAUGUCGUCCGGUGAUGAUGGUGGGGGGACUUUUUGCCUCUCUGGGGAUGAUUCUGUCUUCCUUCUCCACCAGCAUCAUCCACAUCUACCUGUCUACUGGAGUCAUUACAGGUCUGGGCCUGGCGUUGAACUUCCAGCCGUCUCUGAUCAUGCUGAAUCGCUACUUCAGUGAGAAGAGGCCCCUGGCUAACGGCCUGGCUGCUGCUGGGAGCCCUGUGGCCCUCUGCUGCUUAUCACCUCUGGGACAGCUGUUGCAGUACCAGUACGGUUGGAGAGGAGGCUUCCUCAUCCUCGGAGGGCUCCUGCUCAACUGCUGCGCCUGCGCGGCCCUCAUGAGGCCCCUAGUGGCCCCUCCUAAACCCCCCCAGCGGGAAGACGUAGAGAAGGAGGGAAAAGAGUUGGAGGUAGAGAAGACCCAGUCCAAACCCAAACCUCUCCUGGACUUCAGUGUGUUUAAGGACAGGGGUUUCCUGAUCUACACCAUAGCUGCAUCUAUUAUGGUUCUGGGUCUGUUUGUACCGCCGGUGUUCGUGGUGAGCUAUGCCAAAGAGCUGGGCAACGAAGACACCAAGUCGGCCCUCCUCCUAUCCAUCCUCGGCUUCAUAGACAUCUUCGCCCGACCCACCUGUGGCAUCAUCGCUGGGCUGAAGUGGGUCAGGCCCAGAGUUGUUUACCUGUUCAGCUUCGCCAUGAUCUUUAAUGGAUGCACUGACCUGGUGGGAUCUCAGGCGAAGGACUACCCGUCUCUGGUGGUGUUCUGUGUGUUCUUCGGGAUCUCCUACGGCAUGGUCGGGGCGCUACAGUUUGAGGUUCUCAUGGCGAUCGUUGGCACGGAGAAAUUCUCCAGCGCUAUAGGACUGGUGUUGCUCAUGGAAGCUAUUGCUGUGCUGGUGGGACCACCUGGAGCAGGUCGGCUGCUGGACGCCACUAAGAACUACAUGUACGUGUUCCUGCUGGCAGGAAUUGAGGUGGUCCUCGCCGCCGUGGUCCUCGCCACGUGUAACUUCCUGUUCAUCAGGAAGAAGCUCUCGGAACCCGCUGCGGAACUGGAGAACGGAACGGUUUCCGCGGAAAUGGAGCUUCUCAACAAGCCUGUUCCCGCUGAGGAAGAGGAGGAGGAGGAAGUAGAGAAGGGGGAGAAAGAGGUGAAGGAGAUGAAGGAGAAAGAGGUGAAGGAGAUGAAGGAGGAGAAGGAGAAAGAGGAGGUGAAGGAGAUGAAGGAGAAAGAGGAGGUGAAGGAGAUGAAGGAGAAAGAGGAGGUGAAGGAGAUGAAGGAGAAAGAGGAGGUGAAGGAGAUGAAGGAGGAAGCGUUUGAGAAAGCAAAGGAGGAUGAGGAAGACAGUGAGAAAAAGAAGGAGGAGAUCAGGCCUGAGAGCGUAAUGGUGGUCUCAGAAGAAGUGGAGCGCUUCCUUAAAGAACCAGAAGAACAAAAUGGCGCCUUGCUCUCCAGUUCUGAGACACGUCUGUAGGAGGAAGAGAACCUGGCACAGGACAAACUACAGACUUUACACUUAAACACUGCCAAGGGCACUUUAAAGUGCACACUAAGAAUUGUACUCCGCAGUGUACUUUGAAGGGCACUAAAAAGUGUACUUAGAAGUGGGCCAAGAAAGUGCUUAGAGAAGCAUACUGGGGAAGACACAGCUGGUCCUGACAGUGUCCUCCUGUAUGUAGUUGAGGUGUUGUUGUGUUGUUAUGUUGUGUAGCUGUUCUCUGUGGGCUGUGUGCCAUAUCAAAAACAAUAACACACACACACAAACACACACACAAUCGUGAAGUAAAACUGAUAAAUGUCAAGUGAAUAACCGUGUUAAUAGUGUUGUGCCCUGCCGUGUGAAUUGUGAAGCUACCAGAGUGUAGUGCUGCAGGGCGAUAUGGGAGACACCAUGUUGUUGUCUGUAAUAAUGUGGAAUAAAUACCGUCCUUCCUA